AUGACCAAGAGGUAUCAGCACAUGGCUUUGCCUUCUAUUAUUAGUAGCAAAACUUCAGCUCUAACUCAAAGCCUUUCCAGAGAUAAGAAGAUGGUCAGUACUAAGAAACUCAUCACCAUGGCCAAGAGAUGGCAUAAGUUUGCAGCCAAGCAGAGGAAGAGGAUUUCAUUUCCAAGAAUGGAAGUGAAGCAGACAGCUGCAGUACAUCCUCAUCCUCUAGAGUUGAAAAGGGUCAUUUUGUGGUAUAUACAGCUGAUCAAGCACGAAGAGUUUGGGCUACCGAGUGGUGGACCUAUUACAUUACCCAGUGAUUCAGGCUUCAUGAACUACAUCAUUUCACUAAUCAAGAAAGGUGUAGCUGCUGGAGAUCUUCAGAGGGCGUUGCUCCUCUCAAUUCCUUCGUGUUGUAGUUCAACUUUCUCUUUGCACCAAAAAAGUCGAAACCAACAGAUUCUUGUUUAUUGA